CAUCUGAAUCCUUGAAUAUGUCAGUGGCUUUUAUUAGCGUCAUCUUGCUUCCAAUUGUAGGAAAUGCCGCAGAGCAUGCAAGUGCUAUCAUGUUUGCCGUAAAGGACAAGCUAGAUAUCACAAUUGGAGUUGCUGUUGGAUCAUCAACCCAGAUAUCGAUGUUUGUGAUCCCUUUCUGUGUGGUUGUUGGAUGGUGCAUGGGAAAAGAAAUGGACUUGAAUUUUCAACUCUUUGAGACUGCCACACUUUUUAUCACUGUGCUGGUAGUUGCAUUUAUGAUGCAGGAAGGGACCUCAAACUAUUUUAAAGGCUUAAUGCUUAUUCUAUGCUAUCUUAUAGUUGCUGCCAAUUUUUUUGUACAUGUCGACCCUAAAAGUGGUGAGUGA